AUGGUCAAGGAGGAACACAAGGUGGUGGUGCUGGGGGCUCCGCACAGCUCUGCACCCAUCAUGUCCACAGUGAUCAACAUCCAGAAUGACAUUGUUGUGCCUGACCACAUUGUCUGGUCCCUCUUCAACACCCUUUUCAUGAACUGCUGCUGCCUGGGCUUCGUGGCGUUCACCUACGCUGUGAAGUCCAGGGACAGGAAGAUGGUGGGCGACGUGAUAGGAGCCCAGAGCUAUGCCUCCACCGCCAAGUGCCUGAACAUCUCCACUCUGGUCCUCAGCCUCCUGACGAUUGUCCUGUUCAUCGUAUUUAUUGCCACAGGCACAUUGUUGAGUAUAAAAGCCUUUUUACAGGCAAUGAAGAACCAUCAAGGCUACUAG